UUACAAAAUUAAUAAUUGAAUAAAAUACCGUAAUAUAUUCAACAUGGAACGUAACAUAGAGAAUUACGAUGUGUUCGUAUAAAUGGAAUUACGAUUGUGUAAGGUGUUCAUUUUUUUAAAUCAUAACAAUUGAUUUCCGAAAAAAAAUUCGGGACGAUGGAGUUCUUCCAUGAAUGAUGAUAUGACGGUGGUAUUAAAUAAGUGAACGAUGAGAUUUCACCGGAGGUGUGGCGACAGAGUAACUCUGCUGCACGAGAACACAACUGCUGUUCGCAAUUUCGUCGAAUUUAAUCACGGCUUGAUCCUGAGCGCGGAACCUCUUCAAGACGACGUCGUUUUUGAAAUAUGCAUCGACCGAAAGGUAAACGUCUGGAAUGGCAGCCUGGAGAUUGGUGUUACCACUCUGGACCCGGAGUUCAUGGAGCUACCAGCAACAGCAACAAAACUGCGGAACACAGCAUGGAUUAUGUCCGGGGCUUCCAUUGUUAAAGAUGGAAUAACAUUGCUGACAUCAUAUGGGCCCGCUCUAGAACUUCUUCGAGAAGGGGACACCGUGGGUGUUAUGAGAAGUAGUAAGGCGGAGCUCCUAUUCUACGUGAACGGGCGUUGUCUGGGUAUAGCCGCUAAGCAGAUCCCGCCGCGGCUGUUCGCGGUCAUAGACCUGUACGGUCAAUGCGUCCAGGUCUCCAUCACAAACUCCAACACCAUGAGGACCAUCAUGGAGAACAGCUUGGAUCAAAUCGAGGAGGACCCCAACAACGAUGAUACGCUAACCUCCAGCGAGAUGGAGGCGCCGCAGCCACAUACCUCCGCCAAGCACAACGACGUCUACGUGCCUAUGCCGAGCGACGGCGCCUGUGCUAUGGUUGUCCACGAUCGUCUGCGCUUCCAUCCAAGAUGCGGUAUUCUCGUCAAACUGUCGCAGAAUAACAAGUCAGCGGAGCGAGCUCGUCCGUUGGACGACUACAACAACGGCGUCGUUAUGACGCACCGACCGCUGUAUGACAACGAGCUGUUUGAGAUACGCAUAGACAGACUAGUCGACAAGUGGAGUGGCAGUAUUGAGGUUGGUGUAACCACCCACAACCCGGCUACCAUCAGGUUCCCGUCGACCAUGACCAACAUGGACUCCGGUACCAUCAUGAUGUCAGGUUGCAAGGUGCUGCUGAACGGUCACGGGACGUGCAUGGAGUAUGGCAACUUUAAUCUGGAUGAGCUGAGGGAGGGGGACACAGUCGGUAUGAUGCGCAAGGACACUGGCAAACUCCACUAUUUCAUUAACGGCAUAGACCAGGGGGUGGCCACAGAUAGAGUGGAGCAACAGGUCUGGGGAGUGGUGGACUUGUACGGUAUGACUGUUAAGGUAUCCAUAGUCGAUUCUAGCGAGGAAACGGAAUGUAACGCGAGCAACGUUCCAGCCAUACCCACCGCGCCUGAAGUACCUACUUCUAGUCGGUGUCGUCCGAGAAUAGACGAGGAUAGCCUUUUAUUUCAUACGCUGCGUGAUUCGUAUGUUAUUAUUAUUAACGAUGGUAAGACUGCUCAUAGGCCUAAUGCUUUCGAGUUCUUCAAUAACGGUAUAGUGAUGACGAAUCGCACGCUCCGAACGAACGAGCUGUUUCAAGUGCGUUUAGAUCUUGUCAUCCCGAAGUGGGCUGGAAGCAUUGAAAUAGGAGUCACGCAGCAUACCUCUAAUGAUAUACAGUUUCCAUUCAAAAUGAGCAACGCCAAAUCGGGUACCUGGGCAAUGACGGGCGAGGAUGUCAUAUGCGACGGUGCCGUCAUAAUACCACAGUACGUCAGAAACCUCAGCAGACUUGUGGAGGGUGAUACAGUAGGAGUGAUGCGGAGGGACAUGGGAAUCCUGCAUUUUUACGUGAACGGCGUAGACCAGGGCCCUGCAGCGUUUAAUAUACCCGAACAUGUGUAUGGUAUUAUUGACCUGUACGGUCGUGUGGCGCAGGCUACUAUAGUGGACAUCUAUCUACCACCGCCCGUGUACUCUCCUGAAUCGCCGGUGUCAUCAGAGUCCAACGCUACCAUAUAUCCCGAGAUGUGUUUCCACCGAGUACACGGACGCAACGCGACGCUAAGCCGCACUCGUCUCACUGCGUCCCGAGCGGCGGUGUACGCGGAGUUCAACGACGCGGUGCUGUUCAGUGCGCGUCCGCUACGGGAGUGCGAUAUGUUCGAGCUCAGAAUAGACUCAAUGGUCGACUGCUGGAUCGGGAGUCUCGAGAUCGGUGUAACAGCCAUAAGACCGGAUGAUCUCGAAGCGAAUGGUCUAGCCGGGACCGCGACGGAUCUAAACUGGGACACGUACAUUUUGAGCGGAGCGGCCAUGAUGAAAGAUGGCGAAUGUGUGCGUAGCGGAUAUCCGUUAGAUCUUGAUACCUUGACCGUCGGCAGUCGAGUCGGUAUGAUGUGGCACGCAGACCGUAGUCUUCACUACUAUUUGGACGGUAUGGACAUGGGCAAAGCGUGGUAUGUGCCUCACCUGAAUAUAUAUGCAGUGGUAGACCUUUAUGGACAGUGUACACAGGUGACCAUCCUGCAGAAUGAAGAGCGAGCAUUCAACUACAACGGAUGCACAAACUCUGAUAACUCCAUUCUCAGCAACUCACGUGGUCUGGCGUCUCCACCGCCACCUUACUGGAGUUUCUCCGAGUAUUGCGGCGACAAUAUAUGCCUGAUGCACGAGUACUCGAUCGCUCGCCGACUGUCCGCGGAUCCGACGACGGCGCUAGUGUUCAGCUCCGCGCAUCUCGCUGUGGGAGAGAUAUUCGAAGUAAAGAUUCUAGAAUGUAGGACGGGCUACGCGGGCAGUUUCCGUAUGGGUGUGACGGAUAUCAACAUAUUGAAUGCGCACGUCAAUCGCAGCCUGCCACCCUCUGUGUCGUGUCUGCCGCACUACACCGCUUAUAUUGAUGAUCGCUACAUCAGAUACUCCAAGCCUGGUACGAGGGAUCAAGAAAUGAAAGCAAUAGUGCCGUCUUUCGACUGGCUCCGACCGGGCGAUAGAGUCGGACUGAAGAAAACCCCUGACAACAGAGUACUGGUGUAUUACAACUGCGAGCUCAUUGAUACUGUGUUCGAGUGGGUGCCUGAUAAAGUGUACGUAGUGAUGGAAUUGUUUGGCUCCGUGUUCAAGAUACAAGCAGUGUCUAGAGGCAAUCCCAAUGCCCUACCACUAACUAUACCCAACAACGGCGAUCAAAUGAAAGUUGAAGAAGAGUUGCCUCAAGUGUGUGAGACAGUUGUGAGCGAGACAGAACCACCGGCGCCGGUGGAGAACAGACGGCGAAGGACUGGCCUGCCGUACACAUUCCAUUAUAUACACGGGAAGAAUAUUAAGCUGUGUAGCUCGGAUACCGUAGCUCUGAGGACGUCCGGAUAUCAAGACGCGAUCGCCAUAGUCAGUCAGCCGUUACGAAGAGGUCACAAGUUCAGAUUUCGCGUGGAUAAAGUAGACAACAACUGGGAGGGUAGCCUGUGCAUAGGCGGCGUGCCGUUUCUACCCACCGAGAGUCUACCUGAGGGUGCCAUGCAUUUGGACCCACCGGCCUGGAUUCUGUCCAGCGAUCUGCAGUAUAAUGGGUCACAGCUAAGUUCUCACGUGACGGUAGAAUUCGACGACGUUGGUGAGCAGAGUGUACUCACUAUACACUUCAGAUUCAACAGCGAGCUGGUGGUGGAUAUCGACGGUACUGUAGUGGGCAUCAUCGGGUCCGUACCCAGGACCUUCAGCCAUGUGUAUCCCAUCGUGGACCUGUAUGGGAAGAUUAGCCAAGUGUCAGUAUUGCUUCAUCCUUACACCGUAGUGGGUGGGACUUCAUUGGAUCUGCCGGUUAUAGCUGAGAACCGUCGCGAGGAAACCCUUGCAGAGCUCAACAUGGAUGCCUCACCCGACGUAUCCGCUCACUCAGACCGAAUUGACACGCGGGCCACUCGCAAACCCAAAGCGUACAGCCAGGACAACCUCAUAGAAAUAGAACCAGCCCAGCCCGGCCCUAGCUCAUACGUCCCACCCGAGAGUAUUCCUACAGAACAAACCCCAGGACCUUGUAGAACAAUGCAUCACAGUUUGAUCCUCACUCAACCAGACAAUGACGCGGUCAGAGCGGUCCAAAGGAGCCACUCCACACACAACUUCAUAUCGGAUUUGGAUGAAAAAGAAUUCCGAAGGCCCUUCAGACAUGAUGAAGUGGUGAUAGAACAGUUUUGUGACACCAACAUCCAACAUAACGAUAGAUAUCCCGAAGCGAACGACGUCGAUAAUUUGGACAACGAAAUAAUGGAUGCUCUGACUCUAGAAACGGGUAACCUACCAGAUUUAACCGAGGAGCAAUCCUCAUCUAUAGACGAAUCGACGCGUAGAGACGAUUUCUUUACUGAACCGUUGACGUUGGAGAACUUGAAUUAUUUGAACCGGAUACUGUGUUUGGAUCAGGACGACGUUGGUCUACAAAGCUUGGAGGCGGAGUGGGAGGCUUCAGGUGAGGGUUGUGAACAUCUCCACCUGGUGCUAAAGUACUGGAACUUCCUGGUGCUGCCGUACCCUCAGCUCCGGCACGCGGUCUCGUGGGGCCAGGUCCGGUGUUACUGCGCCAACUGCCAGCCUGAUGCGGAACCGGCUUUGGCUGGCUGGGUCCGCAUAGAACGUAUAGAUGGUGUGGGAGCCGCGUCGCGCGGUUUCUGGCACAUACAGCGCUCCACGCUCGGCGCAGCGCAGGCCGCGACCACGACAGAGAGGGAUAUAGUGCGGCGACCGCGCUGUCUCGCUUCCGCACCCUCCAAUACUAUAUCAGUGGAUGAUGGGUGGUUGGAUGAAGAAGGAAAACCACACACAACAAUAUUGGCCAUCGAAAUUGAUAUUGAGGGAUCAGAUGCGGCCAACGAUAGAUUACUCGCAUUCCUGAUCUACAUGAAAUCACACGCCGUAUUCGUUGAAGACAACCCACCGAGCUUAGAUGAGUAAAAACAACAUACAUUAAAAACACUUCAUGAGCACAAUUUAAAAAUCUGUUAUAACAUUAAAAGGAUCUUAUGGACGUAAUAGCCGAAAAUAAACCUCAUAAUAUGUUCUGUAAUAAGUACUAAAAACCUCGUCGUAAUAAACGAUAUGUCAUUUUAAAUUAUAUUCAAGAGGUUUUUAUUGUACUGAAGCAACAGAAUUUAAGAGGAUUUUAUAAAUGGUACUGAGUAGGCAUUCUGAGUCGGCUAUUUAAAAAAAAUUAAGUAACUAUUACUUUUUGAUAAUUUAAAAG